GCCCUGAACGCGCGUCUUACCCCAAACAAACCUACAUCGUACAAAACCGAUAAUAACUAAUGCGAUUUGUUUACCAUUCAUCAUCACGUGCUCAUAAAUAAAAUGACGGACAGUGGCUAAACAAUAAAGAACAGUCGGCUCAACGAGAAACACUAACGAUACCAACAUCAUCGACAUUGUCUACCCAAUCUACCAACAUGAUGUAUCUCGCUUAAACUGACGAGGCAAGCCAGCACGGUGGCGGGCUAUACCCGGCACGCAGUCUACGCGGGCGGCGCUACGUACCACGCGCGCUCGCCCGCCGUACCUCUUAACGCAAAUGGAGAACCUAUUAAAUUGCCGGAGAAUCUAGAAAGCCUGCCCAGGGCGGAGCAUUUCGCCGCCCAGCGCCAUCGCUGGAACACCAAUGAGGAAAUCGCAGCUAUCCUCAUUAGCUUUGACAAGCACACCGAAUGGCAGUCCAAAGAAGUGAAGAUACGGCCAAAAAGCGGUUCAAUGCUGCUCUACAGUCGUAAGAAGGUCCGGUACAGGCGUGACGGCUACUGCUGGAAGAAGCGGAAAGACGGAAAGACCACCCGAGAAGACCAUAUGAAGCUGAAGGUUCAAGGGACAGAGUGCAUUUAUGGCUGCUAUGUCCACUCGGCCAUACUCCCGACAUUCCAUCGAAGAUGUUACUGGCUAUUGCAGGACAGGAGGGCAAAUGAGCAGGCAGGUUUCUCUACGAACCCGGAUAUAGUGCUGGUCCACUACUUGAACGUGCCAUACCCUGACGACAAUAAACUGGCUACCGUGGCCCCCAGCCUCGCGCUGUGGGCCGACAAAAAGGAGUGGACGAAGGAUGAACUCGUCAGCCAGCUAAAACCCAUGUUCUUCAGCGAAGAUGAGCCUGAUCUCAACAACGAACUAGAAAUUUCGGGCAAAAUGUUUCAGACGGCGGAGACAGUAGAAGCCAUAGUGGGCCAGUUGAUGGAGAAACAACGAGCUGCUCGUGCGGCAGCGUUGGCGAGGCAGCUGGAGUGUGGUUGUCCCGACUCUACUUGCCAAGACUCACGAACGUGCGCCCACCCGUUGCGCCGCAUUCAGGCAUCAAAACCACCAGCGUCAGACCACCACGUGUCCUCAACUACUGGUCCGUCACCACGACCCAUGGCCCAACCUCCACGGCAGUAUACAAGGGAUCAUAGAACAUCGACCCAGUCUUCGCCUCUGCUUCUUUCUUUGGGACAAAUUCAAGGGGGUGGAGGCCUACUCAUACUGAAUGGAACAAGUAAUGGAACUCAGCAGCAUUCCUCGCUAGUGUCACCGCUAUCAGUCACGUCAUUCGUCUGCGAAGAGCCCAGGGACAGAUAUCGACAGCAAUACAAACCAACGUUCGUUUUAAAGAGGGAAAUCCCCGACAAUCAACCAACGUCAUGUAUAAAUAAAACUGAAACAUUCGAAGUAGAGACUCGCAUAGAAGGAAAAGUGGAUAUAGAAAGCUUUGAUAGGAAAAUAAAGGUAGAACCGAGAAGUCGAGGACACAUUAUAGCAAGCGCACCGGCGACGCCAUCUCGAUAUCCGGAUCUAUUAGAGCGAUUAGAGAAUAAGGUGCAGACGGAAAACUGUGAUGAUACGUUAGUUUUGUUAGGAACAGAUGCGCAUUUAGAAACUUCGAGUGGAUUUUUCGAUGAAACGUUGGAAUUAUCACACGAGGACAUUCAGAAAACCUUAUCAGCUAAUAUGCCGACGUGUGAGUUGGACCGUAGUGUAGUGCGGUCUACCGAGACGGCGAAUGUUAUGGUAUCUGGCAUAGAUACAAUGGACUUUAUAGAGAGUUGUGAGGCUGUAGCAUCACCCACUCACGUGGUUGAUGAUAAUGUGUUUGUCAAUUUGGAUGCUUUUGAUAUGUUAGGCGAUUUUCCCGAGCUGGAAGUGCUUGAUCCUAGUUCAAUUUCCACGAAUCCUAUCUCCUUAUGCAAUAAUAACUCGCCUCCAACUGAAGACAGUAAUGAAAAAAUGCAGACUGACUGCAACAACGAAGGGGCACUUAGCAUUACCGAUUAUUCCCCCGAGUGGGCAUACCCUGAGGGAGGAGUGAAGGUGCUUGUAGCUGGCCCUUGGACCGAGACAUCUGAUCAAUAUACGGUGUUAUUUGACAACUUCCCUGUGCCAUCGAUUCUAGUGCAAAAUGGUCUGCUAAGAUGUUAUUGUCCAGCCCACGAAGCUGGUCUCGCCGCUUUACAAGUAGCCCGUGGGGGGCGCGUGGUGUCUGAUACUGUAGUAUUUGAGUAUAAAGCCGGUCCAGCGCCCGCGCCCACCUCUCCGGCCUCUGCUCCAUUGCCUUCGCUGGACUUGAGGCGGUUCUCGUUGCUGCAGCGCUUGCAGCGGCUGCAUGGACGACUGCAAUUGAAAACGGAACCAAUGGAUGAUAAUAAUCAGGUGGAGGACGUUCAACUGUACUCCAAUCCAAAAUUCGAGGAUCGUCUGGUGACCUUCUGCCAGUCCCUUAGUGUGCGAUCAGCCGGCACCUCAGAAGGGUUCGCCACGGAGCCCAGCGAAGAUGGCUCCACUAUUCUCCAUUUAGCUGCCGCUUUGGGCUACACGAAGUUGACUACAGCAUUGCUGAGAUGGCGACAAGAUGAUAACAGCUUGGCGUUGGAGAAAGAAGUCAAUUUGGGUGCAAGGGAUAGCGCCAAUUGUACACCGUUGAUGGUAGCAAGCGCAGCGGGUCACGUGGACACCGCAGUGGUGCUGGCGCGCUGGAGCGCGGGCACGCGGCGCGAGGCGGGCGCGCGCGCCGCCGCGGCGGCCGCCCGCCGCGCGGGGCACGCCCACCUCGCGGCAUUGCUUGAUAGGAUCCACCCGCCCGCUGGGGAUGCGGUUUUUCGAAGACCUCACAGUUUAUCGCAAAAGGGUCGAGCCGGGAGCUUGGAGAGUAACUUGGUGAAGCGACCGUCAAUUGACAGCGGCAUCAAUAUGGCAGACGCUUUUCGAUCUAGUUCCGCUAUUGAUAAACAUGAUUCAUCUUCUUUAAGAUGGGAACGGAGUAUGUCACUACCCUUAGAUUCUGAUACAUCCGAAGAUAGUCUUGGAGAUAUGAAAAUAGGACGACGCAUGGAUCUAGCCCUAUGGGAGCAGGAUGACAGAGUGUUUACGUUAGCAGAACAGAUAAUAGCAGCGAUGCCAGAGAGAAUAAAGAACGAAAGCUCUUCAUUACUCUCCGGCUGCGAGCUGGACAGCGGCUCUGGUGGCGGUGAUGACGCGCUCAUGGUCCCGCUGCUCGAUGACACCACCACAUUCAACACUGAGUUCAAUUUUGAGUUCUGCGACAAUACGUAUAGGACCUACUGCGGCGGCUCGACCCCGUGUUCCUCCGGAUCAGUAUCUCCCGGCUCGGCGCUAUCCCCACCGCCGGCGUCGCCGCUUUCGGCGCUGCCGUGCGCGCCCUCCGCCACACUGCAAGAGUUCCUUAACACCACCACACAUUUAUCCAGCUUGACUCUUAAUGAUCGUGAACAACGCGAGGUAUACUCAGCGGCAAUGACGAUCCAAAAGGCGUACCGGCAGUACCGCGGGCGCCAGCUGCAGCGCCGCGCCGCCGCCGCCGCCAUCACCAUACAGAACUGCUAUCGGCGGUACAAACAGUUCGCGUACUUGAAGCAGAUGCACGCGGCCGCAACGGUGAUUCAGCGCGGCUUCCGCUCGCAUCGCCAGCGGCGGCUGCAGGCCAACAGCAAUACUAUCAAAAAAACGUACUCACAACGACGUCAGAACCAGGCGGCAAGGAAAAUUCAGCAAUUCAUGAGACAGACGAAGAUUAAUACUUGGGAGGAAUUUUCUACAAACAUUGCAGAGCGAACGAGCCGCAAGCGCGAGGGGGGGCCGGCCAUCGCUGGGUGCCCACCAAAGCUCGUCGCAGCACAUCACCAGUACAACACCCACGCCUAAUAGGAUCAUUGAUUAUCUAGCGCCCGAAUCACCCAUGAAUGCCGAUGAUGAUUUACUGAUCGAGCUUUUGUUUAAAAUGUGACCUGACACCGUGCUACGAUUAUUUACCGAAGAUAUUCGUUAUAACAUCAACUGUUCUGAAGUCAUACGUAAAUGUAGGCGCUUUAAGGUUCUAAUUUGAAAAGCAAAAAUUAGUUACUAACUGUGUCUAUCUUGUUUAUUAGUUGUAAGAUUCUCUUUCCUUUCAAUUCACACACAUUACUAUUGCAUCAAAUUACAGAUAUAUUCCUCAAAACAGGUUUCUUCGAGUUGUGAAUGAACUCAGGCCUUUAAUAACUUAUAACGUUCGUUAAAUGAUUCUCCUUCCUCGGAUUUAAUUUGUACAUAUUUUUUUUAUAUUAUUGAUUUGGUAUCAUCUACUGUUUUUAUUUUACUUUUGAUGUGUUCGGAAUAUGACUUAUUAAAGAUAUUUUCUUCUCUUUUACGUUGAAACUUCAGGUCAUAGACAGGGUUAUAUUUAGUAUAAAUUUUAUCGUAUUUGUAUUAUAUUUUCAUAAUAUAUUUUUGAGAAAUUUGUUUAGAACAUUUAUUGGAAUCAUAUUUUUGAAACUAAAUUGGAUAUAAAAUAAUUCUCCUAGAUCGCCGACGAUAUUCAAAAUGAUUUUUGAAAAUUCUUAGAUUCAUACAUUUUACGUCAUUGCAAGAUAAUUAAAGUGUAAUCUUUUGUUCCGUUUACUUUAACGAAGGGUAUUUUUUAAAUAAGUUUUGGAUUAUUAAUUUGUUUUCUAAGUAUGGUUUCCACGGUGGAGUUAAAGAGUGUAGGUUAAGUACAAAUUCAAAUUAUUAAAAGCCACUGUUCUUAUAAAGUAGAUGCACCUAGCGUAUUAUACAAUAAACCCGACGAGCUGUGAGUAUUUUGAGAUUUUAUCGUAUUUAAGAAAAAAAAGUUAGGUUUACUAUUGGUCUAACGUUUACCGUAAAGGUUUCAUUCCAGCCUAAUAGGUUAAUUCUCUUUAGUCGACGCAGAGAGCACAUAGGCAACGGGUACCGUACAUUCCUUAGACGUUAUUGUCUUGAAAAUUGUUUUCUAUUAUUGUUUCUGUUUCAUCUUUACCAUUGUUAACUUUCUUAAAGAUUUCAAUAUAUUAUUAUUGUUCGAAAUUUUCAAUUCCCCCACCCCUAGUUCCUACUUCAACAACUAUAUAAUAUAUAACUUAAUAUCGAUAAAAAUCGAAAUUAGUUCAUUAGAUAGUUAACUUUAUUUUAGAUUCCUUAAUAAAGCUAAAUGCCAUACUAAUCUAGCGUUCAUGAAAAAAUAAGGUUGUGCACCACUUAAAUAUAGAAAUAACUACCUAAAUAUUCCCUUUUUCUGGAUUCUCUGAUAUUUUAACGUAGUUAUAUAGAUAUUAGAUUAAGAUAUUAGAAGUAAUCAUAGCUUAACAUAGACGGAAUGCUGCCGUCGAGAUAUUUUCGAUUCGUAUUUUUAUAAAGCAAAAGUUACGAAUGACUAAGAUUGCUUUGCUUGUGCAGGGCCGUGGAUCAGAUUUCUUAAUUAUAUCUUCGUUUACUGUAUCUUCUUCUUUGUCUUAUUUCUAUUUAACUUCACAAAUAAUAUAUUAAAAGGAAAGAGCAUUUAUAUUGUGUUAACAUUCAAAUAAACAUUCAGAGAUUGUUUCUUUACUAAUAAAUUUGUAAAUCUUGCAUUCUUUUAUUCGAGGAAAGAAUAUAUUGGCCCGGAAAUGUCGGACGUAAGAGGAAGAUUUUUAUAUUAUUAACGAUUUCCAUCAAUGGUAUCGUGUUGAAGGUUUGAUAAGAGUUUUUGCUAAAAAUUUUUGAAUAAAUUGUUCUCUCGACAAUCUUUAAAAUUUAAUCGUAAGUAAGAGUAAGCGUAAGUAAACGCUGGAAAUCAUUAAUAAUAAUAGCGAUUGGUAGAUGAAAUUUAUGAAUGUGAAACGACGAAGUUUGAGAAUAACCGUCCAGUCGUGGCGGCUUUUGCGCCCUCUGGUGGCCAUAAAGCGGAACCUUUCGAGCGAGAUUUGAAACAUCUUCAAUGCUAGUGUCCCAGCGCUGGUUGCCUGGGAACGCAUCCGAGAGCGCGCGAAUGUAACAUGUACAUUUUAUAUUUUUGGAUUGCUAAUUUUAAGAUGCUAUAUUUAUAUAUGUAUACGUAGAUGGCGGAUACGUGAUCAGUAUUUCGGGAUGUAUGUCGCCAAACUUUUGACUUAUUGAUUUCUCAUAAUAUUCUCGUUUCGUUAAAGGCAAUAAGGUCGUUUAGCUAGUGGUCAUAAUGUAUAUUUUUGAACAGCGAGCACGAUUGCUUUCGGAACGCCAACGAUAUACAUAUUUUAAAGAGGACGUAGUUAGUGGUAUAAAAUAUUUUUAACAAUUAUCGAGAAAACUGAAAGCAAUAAUAUUUUUGUGGUAAAAUUACUCCGGUUUAUAGGAAGAGAGUAUUUUAAUAUCCACACAAACGUCAGUUACAAUUGAAUUAUAUAGAUUGCUUUUUAGUGCCCACCGUAUCUUAUGCUCCAUUUUUUUAUUACGUUUAGUCACAAAAAUGAUAUAAAAAAAAACAAAAAAAAGAACACAUUCCUUUCAAUGUUAUUGUAUGGAGAUGUUUCAUUUACAUGACAAAUACGAAUAUAAGAUGAAUUCUUCGCUUUUAGUGCGAUGUACCAUAAUUAUAAAAUCGACACCUUUAUUUUAACCAGUUAAGACUACAUAUUGAAAAACUUUUAAUUUGAACAGUGUUUAUAUGUAUCCUUGACAGCUCUAAAUCAGGAGCUCGUUACUACAUAAUAAAGAAAAUAUAAGCUGGCUGAUUGUUUCUUUUAUUUUGUUUUUUGAGGAGCAUUGGCUACGGAAAGCCGUAGUGAUUGACCACAGCUAAAAGAUAGUGCACUAGAAGUAGAUAUAGUUAGAUAAAUACAUAUAGAAAUGGAAGAAAAAAUGAAAAAAUCUUGAAAUCUAUACAUAGAAUUUAAAUUAAAAAAUUUAACUACUUUUUAUUAUUAUAUUAAUAAGAAGCUUGUUCACACAUUUUAAAAUCGUAUUUAGUAAUAGCUAAGUAUAACGAAUAGGAUCGUGUUAUAAGGAGUGGAUUGAAAGCUAGUGAUAUUAUUGUUGGGUUUUAGUUAAUUUUUGGCGAUCAAUAACGUAUAAUCGGUUUAAAAUUUUGAGUGUUUUUACUAAACAAUUCUCUUUUUAUGUACUUCGAAUGGAUUGGUCAACGAAACUGUAAAAAUUCUCAAAAUUUAUCGGCCACAAUUUUGCGCCAGAGGCGACUAAUUGUAACUAUUGUGAUAAAAUUGCAAAAGUGAUGAUUUCGCGAAUGACUAUUGAGUUUUAUUGAGUAGAACUUGCUGUUUUUUAUGUAAAGUGCCAUUUGGAUUGUUGAGUUUUAGUAUUAAAAUAUUUAUAGCUUGUAUUUUAUACAGGUUGAUAUUUUGUAUUCAUUUAAACGUUUUAUUAUUUUUAUGAGAAAAUGCAUCAAUUAUAAAAAAAAAAAACGUUCAACUAUAAUCGUUUUCAAAGAUUAAUGAAUAGCUUUUAAGUGGAGGACAAAUUUCAUUAAUCAGAUUUAUUGGAGCAAAAUAUCAAUCUGGUUUAGACGCCUGCCUAAUAUAUGAUAUUGCAUAUCACGUAGAUAUUAUGAAAUUGAUUUCUCUAGCAAUAUAGCUUUCGUUAUUGAAUCGCUAGUCUUAGGCAUUAUAUGAUUGUUUGCUUAAUUUUAUACACUAAUAGGCGUAUGUUUUUUCCUGAUACCAAGUAUUAGAGUAAUUAGAUGAGAGUCACAAUUGUUUUAGAAGUUAAUUUCGAAUUUGCAUAUAGUUGCUUACGGUUUAACGUAACUUUGAUAGCGAAUUUAUGAUGUUUUUUUUUAUAUGUAUAUAAAAUUGUAUGCAUUGUAAUCAUUGUUAUUAAGUUUCAAUAUAUUAUAGAGAGUGUAAAAAUUUGUUAUAUACUACCAGUAUCAAGUAUUUAACACCAUAUGGAGAAGGAUGUGUGAAUGUGUGGUUUGAGAGGUAUCCAGUUACAUCUUACGCCUGAAACUUGUUAUAUUUUUGGUGUUAUUUAAUUUUCCUGUUAUUUGUUAUAAACUUUUGUUUUAUUAUUUGUACAGCGUUUUAUUUAUUUAAAUACGAAAUAGAUGGACUUUAAGGAUAAUGAUUUGAAGGUGUUAGCUUUAUCAUAACUGUUUAAAUUGUUACGACUUGCUUCAUUGAUAUUGUUUCAGUUUUGAAAUAUUUGUUGUGUUAUAAAUAUUUCGUCUUUAAGUGCAAAUAUUGUUCAAUGCAUUUUUAAUUAUUAUUAUAUUUUAUCUAAUAACACUUGGAAAGUUUUGGAUUAAGCCUUAACUACUAAUCGAUAAUAGAAUAUUUAAAAAUGCAAUAAAAUUAAUAAAUCUGUAUGAAAGAAAAUUUAAAAUGAUUAUAGAUGGUAAAGGUUGUAAUUCAUGCAAAAUAGUACUCUAGUGUGAAAACAUAAAGAUUAUAAUAGAAUGAUGACACAUAAAUAAUUUAAUUUCGCUCGAGUUUAGCAAUUACUAGUCAUGUGUUUGUUUGAUAUUUACACUAUUGUUUAUAUACCUAAUGUUAUUUAUCGAAUUAUUUUGGGCUAAAGAAAUGAUAUUCGCUGGAUACUGUGUAUUUUGAAAUGAAAAAUAAUCUUCCUUUGUAAUUAUUAUAAUCUAUAAACACUACAAAUUGUGAUUCAAAGCAAUUUAAAUAAUACUGCUGAUUAAA